AUGGGUGACCUAGCAGAGCCAUUCUACGUUCGCUAUUAUUCCGGGCACUCUGGCAGAUUUGGUCACGAAUUUCUAGAAUUCGACUUUCGAGUCAUUGGCGACGGCCGAAGCGCAACAGCCCGAUAUGCGAACAACUCAAACUAUCGUAACGACUCUCUGAUCCGGAAAGAAAUGAGCCUGAGCGCUCUCAUGAUAUCUGAAAUCAAGCGCAUCAUAAGAGACAGCGAGAUCAUGAAGGAAGAUGACUCAAAAUGGCCGCAGAAGAACAAGGACGGCAGGCAAGAACUCGAGAUCAGAUUGGGUAGCGAGCAUAUUCAAUUCGAGACCGCAAAGAUUGGUUCUCUGGUCGAUGUCACAGAUUCAGCUGAUCCGGAAGGAUUGAGAGUCUUCUACUACCUCGUGCAGGAUCUGAAGGCGUUGGUGUUCUCGUUGAUAUCUCUACACUUCAAGAUCAAGCCAAUUUAG